CCCGGCCCCGCCGCCGGCAGCAGCAACCGGAGAGCGCGGACCCCCGGGCAUCCCCGCCCAGCCCGCAGCGCGCCGGCGCGGAGGAAUGCGGCGGGCCGGCGGGCCCCGCGCCGGGACGCCCCGUCGCUGAGGCACCGGAGGAGGCUCCCGCGGCGCCGAGGAGAUGCGGCCGCCCCUGGCCCUGCUGGCCCUGGCCGCCCUGGGGGCCGCCGCCGGCGGGGAGGCGGGCCGGGAGGCGGCGGAGGCGGCGGGGCGGUUCUCCACGGCGGAGCGGCACCGCUGCAGCUGGGAGCUGCGCUCGGCGGCGGCGGGCAGCGAGCUGCGGCUGAGCUGCCGGGCCCCGGCGGGCGGCGGGGCGGCGCGGAGCUGCGCCUACCGCGGGGAGCCGCGCCUCUGCCCGGCCUACGGCGGCCACAGCCGCCGCUACUGGCGGCAGGUGCUGGGCAGGCUGCGGCGGCGGCGGCCGCACCCCUGCGCGCCGGGCGGCCCCCUCGGGCCCCGCCUCUGCGGGCCGGGCCGGGCGCCGCCCGAGGCCCAGCUCCGCCUGCUGCCCGGCCCCGGCCCCCCCUCCGCCCCGCCGGCCCCCUCCGCCCAGCCCUCCGCCGGCCCGGCCCAGGCCUACUGCGCCGAGCGGUGGCACUCGCUCUGCAGCUUUUUCGUCGGAUUUUGGGAGGGCUGAGUCGCCCCCGCCCCGCCGGGCCAGGGCUUGCUGUGCCCGGCCGGACCCCCCGGCCCUCACCCGCCCGCCCCCGGCCUCCCCCGGCCUCCCCCGGCCUCCCUCUUCUCUCCAAUAAAGCGGUCGCUGUU